UGGUCACCCACAGGUGAAGGCAGUUUAGCUGUGUGACUGGAAGGGGUGGAGCCUGGCUUCACCUCUCUUAUUUAAGUGCUGAUCCCCACUGCGGGCUAGAUAGUAAUAAUACACAUGUUCACUGUUAUUAUAUUGUUCUUAAUUAAGCUUUUGACUUUUAAAUCAUUCCAGUUCUGUUUUUAUUAUUUUAGUAGUCUGUAGGAUGUAGUGGGGGCUGCUGGUGGUUCAUUUUUUUUUUAAUUCUGGAUGCAGGCAGCACAUCACUGUAGAUAUUCAAGAAUGGAGGAAGGGUGCAUCUCUAGUCUUUCCUAGAGAAAGGGUAAUUCCCUUGAAGUAAGAGAAGUCAUAAAUCAGUGUGCAGUGUUUUGCUUACCUAAAUUGGAAAGAACAGUUCUUUCUUUGUUAGUGGCGUUUCUUUAUGUGUGCUUACCCUCGUGAAGUAAUUACAUUCAUCUUCAUCAUCCGGAAAAGCACAUCAAAGGCAGGCCUCUUGGAAGUGCAAGCAAUGGAGGACGAGGCAAACCAAGUGCAACCCCCGAAUGAAAUGCAGGUGCCGAACUCUGACAGCGGUUAUGUGUGGCACGUCACUGACAUGAAUCGACUGCACCGCUUCUUGUGCUUUGGUUCAGAAGGUGGUACUUACUGCGUCAAGGAGCAGAGGCUGGGCUUUGAAAAUGCAGCAGCUUUAAUGAGACUGAUUGAAGAAGGCAGAGGUUGUGAAGUCGUUCAGGAAAUAAAGACAUUCAGUCAAGAAGGCAGAACAGCCAGACAAGAGCCCCUGCUUUUUGCACUUGCGAUCUGUUCACAGUGUUCUGAUGCAAAAACAAAACAAGCAGCAUUUAAAGCUGUUCCUGAGGUUUGUUGUAUACCAACUCAUCUCUUUACUUUCAUCCAGUUUAAAAAAGAUUUGAAGGAGGGUAUGAAGUGUGGCAUGUGGGGCCGUGCACUGAGAAAAGCUGUGGCAGAUUGGUACAAUGGAAAGAACGGCAUGGCUGUUGCGUUAGCAGUUACAAAAUACAAACAAAGAAGUGGUUGGUCUCAUAAAGAUCUUCUGAGAUUGUCCCACCUGAAACCUGCCAGUGAAGGAGUAGCUAUUGUCACUAAAUACAUCACGAAAGGGUGGAAAGAUGUCCAAGAAGCUUAUAAAGACAAAGCAGUUUCUGCUGAGACUGAAAAGCUUUUAAAAUACCUGGAGGCUGUGGACAGAGUGAAACACACAAAAGAUGAAUUGGAGGUUAUUCAUUUAAUAGAGGAAUAUGGUCUCGUUAGGGAACAUCUAUUGACAAACCAUCUGAAAUCUAAAGAGGUUUGGAAGGCGUUGCUGAAGGACAUGCCCAUUUCUGUUUUGUUGAGAAAUCUAGGAAAGAUGACUGCAAAUUCAGUCCUUGAACCACGGGGUUCAGAAGUGGCAAUAGUAUGUGAAAGACUGCGAAAUGAGAAACUGCUAAAAAAGGGUAGAAUACAUCCAUUCCAUGUAUUGGUUGCAUUAGAAACCUAUAAAUCUGGACAUGGAAGCAGAGGGAAGCUUUGGUGGCGUCCUGAUGAAGACAUCUUAGAAGCUUUAGAUGCUUCAUUCUACAAAACUUUUGAGACACUUGAACCAACAGGAAAACGUUUCGUAAUGGCAGUUGAUGUCAGUGCAUCAAUGACACAAAAAGUUUUGGGCAGUGUGCUGAAUGCAAACACAGUUGCAGCAACAAUGUGUAUGGCUGUAGCACGUGUUGAGAAGGAUUCCCAUGUUGUUGCCUUUUCACAUGAAAUGGUCCCUUGCCCUGUGACAGCUGAUAUGACGUUACCUCAAGUAUUAGUGAAAAUGUAUGAAAUUCCAAUGGGUACCACUGAUUGUUCCCUUCCAAUGAUAUGGGCUCAGAAAACACAGACAGCUGCUGAUGUCUUCAUUGUAUUUACUGAUAACGAGACCUUUGCUGGAAAUACUCAUCCUGCAACAGCUCUUAGAGAGUACAGGGAGAAAAUGAGUAUUCCUGCUAAAUUGAUUGUAUGUGGAAUGACAUCAAAUGGUUUUACAAUCGCCGAUCCAGAUGACAGAGGCAUGUUGGAUAUAUGUGGUUUUGAUGCUGGAGCUCUGGAUGUUAUUCAAAACUUCAUUUUGGAUUUGAUUUAAUUGUCUAGGCAUAUGUUCUUCCCAGUGGGUUCAUCGCUGGCAACAGACUUAACCCUGGGAACCUGUGGCCAAAUGAACUUUAUUAGAAUAUGGCACAUAAUAUACAUAUCAAAAAUGUUACCUUUUUGUGAAGGGAAAGCAAGAGAAGCAGAUAAGUCACUUUUCUCCUUUUUCCUGUUGUGCACAAAUUAAAAUAAUGGUGGGAAGUUUGUUAGAAGUUAUGGGGUUACACAAUAUGUAAUUUAAUUUCAUUUAUAAUAGAUCCUGAACACUGAGAUGUUUUUCCCCCAUUGCUGUGUGAUGGUUGUUUACAAGAGUAAAUUGAUGAAUUAUUCCUAGGAUGGGGCAGGAAAGAAAAGUGGUUUUAGCUUUUUAAUAGUGUCAGUUUAACAGCAGGUUAGUUGAGAGUGUUGUUUUUCUUUAGACCUUUUUUUUAAAUUUUGGUAUUUUCAGUGAAUUACUAAGGUUCAACGGUUUCCAUUGUCAUACUUUGGGUCUACAAAAACCCAUUUUCUGGCACACGUAAGACCGUGUAACUGUGAUAAAGUAUAAAAGUUACCCAGUGAAAUAUCACACACAAACCUGAAAGGGGAAGAGCUCAUGCUAAAUCUUCUAUCAGGGAUAUCUGAAUUUCUAAGGGAAAAAAAAAUUGUUCUUAGAGGGGUAGUUUCUGCAGUUUCAGAAGCACUCUGUUAAACUUGUGUGCUUUGGAGAAAAUUUUAGAUUUGCUAGUAGUGAAAGGCCUGGAAAUGCCUGGGAAACCACAUUCAGAACUUGCUAUGACUUCAGGCAGCAGCAGCAUGCUUUUCAGUGAGGAAGAUUAGCAAGUGCAUGCAUCUUAGCCUACUGUUGAAAGCUGAGUGGCAACAACCAGAAACAACUACACUUUCUUCAAAAGAAUGUAUUCAAUGAUACAUAAAUAACCUUAAUGCGAAUACUUCAUUUUUACAGUCUUUUUGUAGAUGAACACUACUUCUGAUUUCUUAAUUUAAUCUAAUGCUUUUCAAAACUACCUCCAGUUUAUAGUGACCAAUUCUUAAUAACUUUUAUGAAAUGUACAGUUGCCUCGUUCUCAAUCUUGUUCAGGAAGUGACUGAAACUAGAUUUUUCUUUUUUUUCAUUCUGAUAGUAAGAGUGUGAGGAAAGAAGGAAAAAGCUAGGGAAUAUCUUACCACUUAGGAACAGGGACUGAUAACAACUUGUGUAUAUGUAUUUAAAAUGCUGUGUAUGUGUUUAUAGACGUGUGUAUGGGGGGGAAGUUAGAAGAUCUCUUCAGGAGAUCGCAGUCUUAGAGUUUUUUUCAUUGCUGAUUUUACCACUUCUCAUCAGACAUUUUAUGUCAGCCUCUUUUAUGAUAAUACUAUUUUAAACAGUGAAUUUGAUGUUAUUUGAAAAUAAUUAUGGUUUAUAAAAAUAACCUAACUGAUAACUGACAUGUAAGACCAUAUUUUUCUGCCUGAAAAAGCAGGCUUUUAACUGUAAAAUUCAAGCUCGUAUUAUACUUUUGAUACCUCUAAUUAUGCCUCUUACGUAUUGACUAUAAAUUCGAAGCUUUGGUUCUGUAGGAUGGAUAUCUAUUUGGUGCUAUCUAAAAUAUGAGGUUAUGUGUUUCUGAAGGUAUUCUGCUACAGACUUAGACUUUACCUUCUCAAAUGAGAAUGGCGAGGGAAUCCUUUUCUGACAUUAAGAAACAACAGAAUUGUUUUAAAUCCAUGGCUUAAAGAGCGGCCGGUAGGUGUGUUCAUUUUCAGGGAUCAUGAAUCAAGUUACUUCUGGAUUAUCAGUGCUAUAAUAAUGCAGCUCUGUUAGAAUGCUUGAAGUAUUUCAAGUAACUUUGCUAGCACCAGCUGGUCAGGUAACACACAGAAACAAACAAGUGUUCCUACAAAAAACUAGCAAACACUUGGAGUUUGAAAAACAAUUAGGUCAUUUCCUGUGGAAAAACUUCCUACUAACUGCAGUCUCCUUGCUGAAUAAACAUAAUAAAUAUGGGGAAUGAACAUACUUACAUGUUAAUUAUUUCAAGUAAAUGCACUGAAGUUUUGGAAAUACUUUUGGUAGUAAUGUGUUUUAAAUAGGACAAUAGUCAAACAACUGAUCAGAUGUUUCCUGUUAAGCUAGAGAUGUUGAAAAUAACUGAUGGUUAAGUAUCUGUUGCAAGUACUUUUUCUUAUUUGAAGUAGUAUUUGUGAAGUAAUAGGAAAUGUGUUGGACUAAAUAUGGAAUGAGAAACUUGAACUGGUAUUUCAAGUAACUUUUGGCAGUUAGCAGCAUAAAUAUACUGCAGAUAGAAGAUUAGUUAUUAACAGUGACUGAAAUUACAGUAGCGUUGCAACAUUGAAAGUCAUUCCAGUUGAAAAUACAAUUCCUUGAAUUACAGGGAAGGUGAGUUUUCAGUAGAACUUACAGAAAAUGUAGCUCUCUAUCUGUUGAUGCUAGACAUAGUUAUCCAUGCUGGAGUACAUAAUAUGCCCCUAAAUAUUUACCAUAACUCCAUAUAAAAAAAAUCUUGUUAGAAUAUUUUGUGGUGGCUGUCCAAUGUAAAGCUACCACUGUUGAGAUCCUGUUGUCAUCUGCUCCUACUUUAAAACUUGCACAGAGAGAGAGAACCAGAGUGUUUCAGCUGUCAGCUUACUUGGUGGUGUGCUGACCCUUGUUCCUGCUGUCUUUCUGGGGUUGUUACUGUCUUGUAUUAAGUGGCAUAAGAAGGAUGCUGCAUUUUCCUUUUCCAUAGGGGAAAGUUGAUGGUUUUUUAUCUGCCCGCAUGCUGGAUUUCAGGAGGACAGUAUGACUUAUGUGCUAUAAUAUACACUUCUCCUAUAAACUGGUAAUUUCUAAAAUGGUACCUGAACACAUGAAGGGGCAGUAAUUGUAAUGUGUAAUGUAAUGUGCUCCAACUUUUUUUAAACAAGACAAAAACUGAACAAAAUUACUAAACUUAGGUAAUAAUUCAAUAUACAAUAAAUAACCUGCCCUUUCGCUAAAGAGGAGACAUGACUUUCUCAAUUAAUAGUAUCUUUUGCAUUGGAGGAACACUUCAAUGAACAAAACAAAAAAUGGGGCUGUAACUGUGCUCUGUUGUUUACCUGUAAAAUAGAAGAGGAAAGAACUUAAAAAUGGUGAAGUUUCGAAUAAACAUUUGAAAAGUCUAGAAGUGCAGCUGUAACCUGGGCAAAUGCAGGUUUCCUGAUACUUGUCACCAUUAAUAGGCUUUCAGUUUGACUGUCAUUUCAGUGUGAUGCCCUAAUAAUUCUUAGUCUAAGACAUAAUCUAAUAUUUGUUAUAAUUUACCAUUAAGGAAGGGAUCUAAUGGUUGGCAGCGCGGCAGAGAUGUCCACUGGUUACAGCUCUUCAUUACAGAUGAACAUCAGAAGGGCAGGCUUCUUCACUGCAGUGAUACAUUUAAGAAUAUGGAAGGUUUCUAAAUAUAAUACAAUGAGUCACCAUUGUAUAAGUAAUGAAGACAGUUGCGGUUUUGCCAAGAAUUAAAAUUUUGUGCCAGGAAUUGUAUAGCAAGGGGGAGUAGGGUUUGGGAUGCUUGUAGAACUUAAUUACAUGGGGGCUUAAUUUACAGUUUUCUGUGCUUAAAGAAGUCUGAAGGUCAGUCUAGAUUAGAUACAAAGUUAGCAAGGCUUGUUUAACUGCCCAGUAUGCAAUGGCCACUAAUAACUGGCUGUAAAGUAACUUGCUACUUUAAACCACAGUUAAAUAAUUGUGGGGGCAGGAUGUUGUUCUUUUGUUACUGUUUUUUAAUUGGGGCUGUAAUACCUACUUAUGGGUAUGACUUUGAAAAGCUAUCCACAAAGUGUGUGUUCUUGGCUUAAGAAGAACACCAGUCAUUUUGGAAAUGUAUUUUAAUGGCUCCAACUGAAAAAACACUAGGAAAAUAUUUUUCUCCAUUGGAAGAUACUGUUCUGCUUAAUCGUGUACCUAACUUGCAGCUGUUAUACCAGAAGCACUACUGUUGGUUCCACUGAUGCUUGGCUUUGGUAUUACCAUAUUUUUCCAUGUUCUGCUUUUCUCUGUUCAUGUUGGCUUUUUUUCCCCAUCAUUCCAAUCAGAGUGAACUUUAGCUUAUACUUGAAUCUCUCUUCACUCCACACUCUCAACCUCUCUUCUGUUGCCUGUGUUCUGCCUUUAUGCCAUUGUUGAGCAUGAUAGCUUAGCUAAGCAACUUGUUCCACAACUGAUGUCAUAGUACUUAAUUUUAAAAGCUGGACAACUUUAUUUACUUUUCUUUGGUUAUAUAAUUCUCUAACAGAGUAUUUAAUUUGCUGCGUUUAUCAGAUUUUUGGUGUUAAAAGUUGUAGAAAUUACAAAAGUAUCUUUAUUCUUUUAAAAAUCCAGCAUCUGCCUUUGCAUUUAAGUGGUACUAUUUUCACAGAACAACUUAAAAAUGGCUUUUCAAAUGUAAAUCUUCUUUCCAGAAUUAGUUUAGUGGGUCAGGGCUUUCCAUUCUCUUAAAUAUUGUCAAGUUGCUGUUACAUGCAGAAUAAGGAAAACAUGUAAAUGAAUAUUCUAGAUGAAUGGGCAGCUUCUCUGCAAUAUUGAAAAUUUGAAGAAUAGAAUGUGUAGAAAUAAACCAGAGCGCAGGUCACUCGUCUUGCUCGCACUUUGUUUUGUUUGUUAAGCAUUUUGCCAGUUGGUAAGUUUAUUUAGCUGUUUGCAGUGGUUCACAGAAUACAGAUAGGUUGCGAGUAAUUUUUUCUAAUGGCUUGUUUGCUGAAAUGGUAGAGAUUUCAGUGUACCACAACACAGUACAGUGUACAACACUGCCAAGUAAGACUUAAGGGGAAAAUGUAAAACAAUGCUGCUCUGAGAGCUAAGACUUAAAAUUAACUUAAGCAGAAAGUAUGAUGUCUUUUAAAUUUGUGCUUAAAGUUGGGUUUAUGAUUUUUGAUGCUGUCAAGUGUGGUUUCUCUUGAUAUUUCUGCAUUCUAAAUAUAUAGAUUUGCAUACCUGUAUGCGGUAUGUUGGGAACUUCACAAAUGCUUCAUAAACAAAUAAUGGAGAAGAUGGCUGUUUUCCUGAUGAUACUAGCUUUUUUGUUAAGCACAACUAAUAACAAAGAAAUGUCCCAUUAUGUUGUCAAGUAGAAGUGUAGUUCUACUCUUGCAGAAGAAUCCUUCUGUGGAUUCUUCUGUGGAAGAAAUGAACAGAUAAGUGCACUCGCAGUUCUGUCUGCUGUCUGUGAAAUAACUUAGUUUGUUUCCAGCUUCUUAGGAGGAUGGUAUUUGAGCUGGAUGAGUGCUCAUCUUAAGUAUAAUUCCUAUUACAGAGUAUUUUAGUGGGUAAUCUUGAACAUUCAGAUCCUAAGGCAAGUAUUAUGGUAAAAUAAACAGCUUUUGUUCUAGAGACAAUGUAUAAAAAAAAAAAAGCAACAAUUUUAAUUAUUGGUUUUGAAUGUCUCUUUUUUUUCCAGAGUAGAACCACACUUUAGCUGCCAUACAGUGUUUAAAUGACUUAAACAUAACAUGGUGGCUUUGUGCUAUCUGAUAAUGAAGCCACUGUCUUGCUGCUACUUUCUAUGGGAUUACACAAAAUUAACAAGAAAAUAUUUGGAUGGGGGAGCCUUAAUGCAGUUGAAAAGAAGCAUAAUUAACCCUUUGAUUGCCUUAAGACAUGAUUUUCUGUACUAAAUUGGCACUUGUUGGACUCUGCAGGCAAACAGCAUGCUUUCUCAACUAUUGGAGUGGAAUAUUGCCUUAAGUGACAAUGCCCUGAGACUUCUGAAAUUUAGAAUUCAAAGGGUUAUUUUAAACUAUUGUUUGGGGACUUUUUCUAAUGGGUAACAAAAUGAAAAAUUUCUUUGCAUACCAUUAGUACUUACAUUAUGGAUUUGCAGGCUUUCCAGGUGCAUAAUUAUUAACCUUGUCAGAAAACAUAACUGGCCUAAGGAUAAUAGGCAAAGAAUACUUUGAUACCAGCAAAAUAAAUUCCUUUAUUAAGUAUAAAUUUAGGGAGAGAUGCACAUUUGUUUAAUGAGUGUCUUUGGAAAGACUUGAUAAUGAAAUCAGAAAAAAUAACAAUGCAAUGGUGAAAACACAAUGAGGUCAAUGUGUUUAUCUCUAAUUACACAAAUUAAAGAUGCACAGUGCAGACCAGCUGCAUACUCAACACUUUCUACAAAUAAUAUUACUUAAAUUUAUUUCAAACCUGCAUCCCAAGAAGGAAGCUGUCAAAUUCAGAUGACAGUCUUGCAAUCCUAGUUAGCUAAAGAUGAAUGUAGAGCUUUUGUUCUCUUGAGGAGAGACUGAAUAAAAAUCCUUGACUAGCAUUUUUAGUCUAAACUGUGCAUCUUUAGUAGUGUAAUGGUCUCUUACUAAAGAAAGAGGUUUUUUCUACUGACAUAUGAACUUUCUUGAAAUAACCAAGUCUUGGCAUUGGUUGGUCUGGCUUUGGAUGUACAUUUUACUGAAACUAUUGAAUUUAGGUUUUUUAGACAUUUAACUGCAAGUUAAUACUGCUAGUAAAUUGCAUUUUGACUGUAGAAUAUAAGUACUAAAUAAACUCUAUGCAUAUUGGACUUGUUUUGUGUGGCCUUAAGUGUCAAAAUAGCGUUGAAUGGUUCAUAACAUUGUCUGUAGCUGCAGAUUAGGUAGCAGGUGAUCUGGCUUACACCUAGAGGAUAUUCCUGAAUAACAGUACAUAGACUGAUAUUUCAUACUGCAGAGUAAAGACCAAAGUGGUUACCCAGGGAUCUAAAAUGGCAAACAUCUUUUCCCUUUUUACUGUACCAAUUAGAAGUAAACUUCAGUAGUGAGGUGAUCAGAUGUUGAAGAUAGAGGGAGGCAAAUGAAGUCAGACAUCCUGCACUAUUCAUAUCCAGGCCUGGCACAAGAGAACAGCUUACUACUGCAGUCUUCCACAGACAUAUAUGACAAAAGACCUUAAAGCAAGUUGGCUGGAUUUGGAAGACUUAUAUAUAGAUCUUCAGCAGAUCUUAAUGUACUUCAGUACUAUCAAAACCUAGCUGGUUUUAACACAACAACGGAGCUGUUUGCAAGCCUGGGUGGUUGAAGGUUUUGUUGGACUGUGAUCAUAUUAAGAAUGAUUAUGCAAGGCAAUGAUGAAGCUAACUCAUUAACUCAUUUCUCCUAAUAUCAGCUUCCAUUAAAAUGAACAAUGGAUGUUGCCACUGGACUUCCUUGAUUGAUUCCAUGUUUGCAUAACUUAUUUCCAUAAAUUACAGUUAAACUAAAUUACAAUGGAAUUUGCAUAAAACUGUGUUUCAAUACUGUUAAAACACAAAACAAGCACAAGUAUAGGUACUGCUUUUAAUAUGAGGCAAAAACACUUGAAUGAGUAGUACAAGUAGUGUAGAAGUAGCAGAACUUCGAAAAAGUUUUACAUGCAACAUUGCUACAACUUUGUUGAUUCAUAAUUGCUUCAUGACCCCCCACAGAGCCAUUGUACUGACCAUGCAGUGUAAGGGUGGGAACAAAGCCAGAAAUGAAACUCAUGCAGAAAACAAAAACCACCAAAGCUCCAAGAUUCUUAAAACCUUUUAACUCCUGGACAGUUAACAGCGUGAGACACGUUAUGAGGAUGCAAGAGCAACAAAAAUGACAUGAUUAUCUUAGACCUGGGGUUCCAAGAGAUACAUAAUACUAACUGCUGUUGUGGUAAAGCUGAGG